CUUCAAGACUGCCCUUGAUAGGCGCUUACUGCAUGUCAUUGCCAGAUCAAGGACAAUCGUCAAACUCGCAACGGCCACUCCACGUCGCCGCCCUCGGCUCGGUUGGCCGUGCGUAGGUUGACGAGUGCCUGCCAAUUACACAGUACUAGUACCUGAUGUCGCGGGAUCUGCUUGACGAAUUCUUGUUCAUUGGCCGUCGUCCAUCGUCCGUCGUGUUCAAACUCGGGCCUGCCCCCGACUCAUCUCGCCCUUUUCCACACCAUCCACCCCUACUGAGUGCCAACCAGCAACAUAGUCGCAAGGAUGCUCUGUACUUCGUUUUGUGCCAUGGGGUUGCGCGCGUGUGCCCAAGGCCGUGGGUCGCCGGUGGUUAUCCCAUGUUUCUUUGCGUAGCCGACGACAUCGGUCAUGGCCAGUCGCUCGACGUCUGCUCCACCGCGCCAGCCAAAUAACAACGACUUUUAUUCGCUUCGUUUGUGGAAUAGUAUUCAUUCUGCAGGAGAGAUGCACUCUGCGGACCUAAUAUUCUACGCCUGGUUGCUUACCGCUGCCGAGGCCGGGCCUCUGAAGAAUAUUGCCUGGAGGCAGUUCAACUCCAACAAUGCUUCAACAACUUCGGUCACCAGUAGCAGCAGCAGCAGCAGCAGCAGUACCGUCAGCUCGAGCCUGUUAUCCAGCCCGCAGUUUAUCACGGUAACAUACGUCCCUGGCAAUGACGAUUUGACGUCUUCUCUCUCCUCGACGACCUCAGGCUCUUUAGCCCCUUUGCUCUCUUCGCCAGCCCAGCCAACUUAUUCCAUAAGUCUAUCAAGAACGACAAUCUCCCUGUCCUCCUCGAUCCCGUCAAGCUUUCUACCCACGACCCCCUCGAUAUCCCUCACGCCCUUCAUUACCACGACAGGGGCCAGGAUAGCCACUUCUUCCCAAUCCCGAGAUGAUGACGGGAGCGUGGUAUUUUCCACCAUCUCGCUACCAGCGACAUCAAGUGCACCAAAGACCUCCGGGACCUCGUCCUCGACUACGACUCCUGUUACCUCGUCGAGCACUGCCUUGACAUCUGCAUCACAUCUUGGUAGCCCUUCGACCUCCGCUGGAGCAACGCUCCAAACUACCUUGACCUCUGCAGCACAUACUGCCAGCUCUUCGACCUCUGCCGCUGCCGAACGUCUCGCCGGGUCACUGGCUAGCACUCUUCAGACCGUCACUGGCACGCCCAUCUCAAAUGUUCCAACAGUCAUCACCUCGCUUCCGGCGCCCACUGCGACGGUAGAUGCUGCUGUGUAUGCGAAAAACCUCGAGCUAGCCCGGCAAUACAAUAACCUCUUUGCCAAUCUAACCAGAGAGUCUGCUUGCCGCGAGCCACAGGCCGCGUGUAUCACCGGCGAUGUUGCCAAGUGUGGGACGAAUGGGGGCUUCGUCAUGACCCCCUGCCCGUCCGAUACGAGCUGCUUCGCUCUUCCAAUGAACACCACGGACGGGGUAGAGCUGAUCUGUGUCGACAAGGCAGCAGCAGCGUUCAUCCUGGGGAUGCUACCCUCUUCAUCGCCGUCGACUUCAUCGGUGCCAAAAUUCACGAGAACGGUCACCGUUACCGAGUCAUCGGGAAUUGCCAAAGUGACUUACACUUACGACCCCAAUCCCAAACCACCGCUGUUUACGUCCACAUCCUCAGCCCCAGGCGGCCUUGCCGCAGAUCCAUCCUCGUCAAAGGCGACACUAAACACCGUACUGCUCACGGUAAUCCCUAUAGCGGCCAGCAGCCCUGCAGCGCCUAUCUUGGACAGCCCCACCCAGACUCAGCAGCCGACGCUAGGGAACUUCGUUGGGACCUUGGCCGACGGCCAAGUAACGAUUACGCAGUUUGUCACCGUGACACAAGCCAGCAAAGAAGUUAUCACUACGACGGCGACCGUCGUCGCUUGAAAGAAUUGAGAGCAAAGUUGAGCUUGAUAGUUCGUUUGCUUCUAUGUGGUGUAACUCUUUUGGGAGAACUCUGCCAGGUCAGGACCAAAUACUGGCGAAUUUCGUAGCCAGACGAAGGCCCUUAACAUCACCGGCAUCUUUGGCGCAGAUUUACAUAGGACUCAAAGUUAGAACUGAUAUGUGGGAUGCUUGAACUUGGGAGAGGUUUACUUCUUGUGUCAACCGAACCAGGCAUACUGGUCCUGGAUGCGGGGGCGCGCCUGGAAUGGCUAUUUAUUUGCAAUUAUUACUACUAGACACGAGGCACUAGCGAAUGUCCGCCUCUUUUAAUAACUCUUUUUUUUGGAUCUCGACGCUAUCCCUUUCGCUGUUUUGUGAUCUAGACUGCAAAAUAUUAUAUAAACG